AUGACAUCCCCACCCACUAUCUAUCACUAUCUCGAUAUCGGCCGACUGGGGCGUGGUGAGGUAGUCAAUCUAUUCUUGAAGGACACGGGAAUCGACUUCAAGGAUGUCCGCUACCCCUAUGACAACACUUGGCCGGAUACCAGCAAGAAGCUCCGUCAGAGUGGACUUACAAGAACUGGACAGCUUCCAGCGCUGGAAUAUGGUGGCUCGGUGAUAACUCAGCACAUUCCAAUCCUGCGCUACCUUUCCCGCGAGCUUGGUGCUUAUGAUGGCACCACCAAUUGGGAGAAAUACUUGGUUGAUGCGGUGUCCGAUAUCUACGUGGACUGGAGGUCCCAAUGGGUGGCGAUCUUGAAGGGAGUGACCGAGGCCUAUAGGAACUAUGUGCCUACCUACUACGAUCUUCUUGCCCAGUAUUACUCUGAUGUCGAUGGACCAUAUCUACUUGGUGACAAGAUCACUUAUGCCGACUUCGCAGUGUACCAAUCUAUUGACAAUGACAAAAGAACGGGCACUCUCCCGGAAACCCUUUCUCCAGCACUUACCAGGCUUGUGGGGGCUAUUGAAACACGGCCAAACAUUUCCACAUACAUUGAGGAGACCCGAGACCGAAAGGCGUAA